GACUUGAGAGCGCCCUCAGCCAGGGUGAAACGCUGUUGGUGGGGCGCUGAGAGGUGUUCAAUAAAAGGUCUUUGUCCUACAGAGGCGCUCGGCUCAUCCCCAAUCACCAUCGUGGUCACGUCCGAGGCUGACACCUGGGACAUCGACACCUCCUCCCUGGGCCUGGGCUGCGGGCCCUUCGUGGACUGGGACAAGAUGCCGGAACCGCAGCAGCCGGCGCAGAUCCCGCAGGAUGUCCUGGGCAGGCCCCCGAAGGAGCUGAAGAGGCUGGCGAGGGAAGGCUGCUGGGGCUGGAGCCACGCGGGCCGGGCCCGGCUCUACCCCCGGCUCAUCCAGCAGGUCUCCUGCCGCCUCGUCACCCCCGACGCGCUCGUCUACAGGGACGUGGCCGCCCGGCUCUUCGGGAAGCCCAGCGUGAGCUCCCACCCCCUACCCGAGUUCCUGGAGGGCUGCCCCGUGCCCACCUACUGCCUCAGCCCACAGGGGGUCACCGCCCUGAAGAAGAUCCUCAUCUGCGUGGGCGCCCUGUUCCCCGACAUCACCCACAGCCCCCUCCUGCCGGCCCUGGCCGCGCUGCUGCUGCACUACAGCGAGGACGAGGCCCAGUGCUUCGAGAGCGUCUCGCGCCUCAUUGCCAGCAACGCUCCCCACGCCGCCUACAUCGACCAGUCCUUCCUGGCCCACCAGGCCUCCUGCAUGACCUUCGGGGACCUGGCCAGCAAGCACUGCCCGGCAGCUCACAAGCUCAUCGCCGGCGCCGCCGAGAACGUCCUCGAGGUCUACUCGGAGUGGCUGUCGUGGCUCUUCCCCGGGCUGCCCUUCGGCUACGCCGUGCGCGUGCUGGACGUGUUCCUGCUGGAGGGCCAGAAGGUCCUGUACCGCAUCGCCCUGGCCCUGCUGAGGCAGUUCAGGCUCUCGGUGGCCCCAGCCGGGCUGCAGGGCUCUGACAUCAAGGCAGAGCUGCAGGCUUUCGCCAGGAACAUCGCCGAGCACGUGACUGUGGACAAACUCCUGGAGAGAGCCUUUGGCAUCCGUCUCUUCUCCCGCAAGGAGAUCUGGCUUCUCCAGAUGGCCAACAGGAAGGCCUUGGUGGAGAGGGGCAUCACCGUGGUGCAGAGAAGGUGAGGAGAGCUCUGCGCUCCCCGGCUCUGGGGGCUGAGCAGGCAAAACGUGAGCUCCUGUGGAGAACAGCCGGGGGCAGCUGCAGGCACCUCCCGCAGCCGGGGCUGUGCUGGGCCCUCCCAGCCCCUGGGGGACCCUGCCAGGGGCCACGGCACGGCCGGAGCUGGGGAUGCUGGCAGAGAGCUCACGGUGCAAAGAGCAGGACAGACCCUGGUGCAGGGG